CCGUUGCCUGCCGGGACGCGUAGUCCCCCCAGUCCCGCGCCGCUGCCGGCCCGCUCCAGGUCUGCUCUCGGCUCCGCCUGUCGCUCCGCGCCCCGUUCCUCCUGUUAUUCCGCUCCCGUCCCCGCUAGGCUGGUUGCCGCAUUCCGCUUGUUGCUCCGCUCCGUCUGUUGCCCCGCUCCUCCCGUAGCUCCGCUCCUCCGGUUGUCCCGCUCCUCCUGUUGCGCCGCUCCGCCUGUUGCCGCUUCCCUGUCCCGCUCCGCGUCCCGCUGCUGUAGCGCCGCCCGCCCGUCCCUCGGGAAGCUGGGAGAGGAGAGCGCCUCGAAGGGCUCAGCCUUGCCCUUUUGCCACGCCAGCCCGGAUCCCUGGCUCUGUCCUGCACCCUCCGCCGGCUCCCCGGGGCUGUUCCCCCAACCUGCACCCUGCAGGAUUUCCCCCUGCCCAGCGUUGCCCUCUGGCCCCUGCAAAAUCCAGCAAGUGAUGGAGGGUGAUCCUGCCCUGCGCCUUCGUGUCUUUGACCUCAACUGCUGGCUGUGACUGUCACCCCUCUCUGGUAGGGCCAUUCGCUACCUGAGCAAACGGCGGCAGGAACGCAUCCGACUCAUUGGGGACAUGCUGCGCCAGGAGGACUUUGAUCUGGUGCUUCUCCAGGAGGUGUGGAGUGAGCGGGACUACAGUGACUUGAAUGUGAAACUAGGAGGCUGUUACCCCUUCUCUCAUUACUUCCGCAGUGGGGUGAUCGGCAGCGGCCUCUGCGUUUUCUCCAGGUUCCCCAUUCUGGACACACUUCUCUACCAGUACUCACUGAAUGGGUACCCCUACAUGCUCCAGCACGGGGACUGGUUUUGUGGCAAGUCUGUCGGCCUCGUCAUCAUUAAAAUCUCAGGGAUCAUCUUCAACAUCUAUGUCACCCAUCUGCACGCUGAGUACUGCCGGGAGAAGGACGCCUACCUGCCCCACCGCCUGGUGCAGGCCUGGGAGCUGGCACAGUUCAUCCGACACACCUGCAAGGCGGCUGAUGUGGUGUUGCUGGGAGGGGACCUGAACAUGCACCCCGAAGAUGUGGGCAUCCGGCUGCUGUGUGGCUGGACAGGGCUGCGGGAUGCCUUUGCUGAGGCCACACACUUUGAGGGCUGUGAGGAUGGUUGUACCCUUGUCCCCAACAACUGCUUCACUGACAAAUCAGAGCUGCUGCCCUUCCCACUGGGUAUCCGCAUCGAUUACAUCCUCUACAAGGCCAUCUCCAGCUUCACGGUAAAGUGUGAAGAGCUGAAAACCACCACAGGGGCAGCUCCGGGCAUGGACGUCCCCUUCUCGGACCAUGAAGCUGUGAUGGCAACACUGCACAUCCAGAGGCAGGGACAGGCUGCGGGUGCCACCCUCACCACUACUGAGCCAAUGCUAGCAGAUGUGGUGACAGAGGCACGGACAGAGGUGGGCGUGGGGCUGCGGGCAGCGCAGCAGCAGCGCUACUCCUCGGGCAGGAUGGCCUUGCUGGCCCUGCUGCUGCUGCUGCUGCAAGCCAUGGCCGCACUGGGUGCACUGGCAGGGCUGAACGCCGGGCAGCCCUUCCCCAAGCUCUCCUUCUGCCUGCUGGCCUUCCUUGCCAUUGGCAUUCUCCUUCUUGCCACUGGUCUCCACCUGUUUCACACCAUGGAGGUGAAGAUGCUGCACAGCACUGAGGAGCAGAUGCGGAUGGUGCUGCGGACGCUGCAGGAACGUCCCAGUGACGACUGAACCGAGGCUGUGGGUCCCACGUUCCCCCGCCCCCAGCCCUACUGUGUCCCUUUUUGAUCCUUUUUUUAGCUGGCUUCUGGCAGCAGUGCAGCCAAUGCAGUAGUGCAGGUUUGACAUCUGCCUAAGAGAAAUUAAGAUUUUGGGGGUAGAUUCGUUGCACUGGCCCUUGUGGGAACUACGAUGGAGGUGGGGUUUUAUUGCUUUUUAAAUACACCCUUUGUACCUGGAGGGACCUGCUGGCCUGGCUGGGAGACUUGAAAGGCUCAGGCUCCACAUGCCUGGGGUGGAAUGCUGGUGACUGCUCGAACAACCAGAUUUGAUUCAGAUAGAAAAUAAAGGUGGUAUUUUAGCCCUUGG